CUACAAUGUAGUAUCUGGGUGAUUGUACCAGCCCUCCUGCGGAACAUGAGCAUUGACAUUCGAUCGAUGAGACCGCCGUCUGGCGCUCUCGCUCACGACCGAACAGCAGGGACAGACUCAACCCGAGCAGCACUUGAUAUAAAUGCCGAGUUAACCUGCUGUGAUGGUCGGGUCAAAAAUCAACCCCCAACUAGAACCGGUCCGUGUCCCACACUGCCGUCCAUCUUCUGAGCCAGUCUGGGGAAACGGAGGCUCUCCGGGGAGUUAUGCCAAACUCCGAAGCACGCAAACGCGGGUUUCUCUCCAUUUCCUCUCCACCCACAGGGCGUGGCAUUUUGUUGGUACAAAUCGGCACAUCGGCACCAUGACGCCAAAAUGGGAUGGAUCGUCCAAUUGUAACAUUGUACCCGCUGUAUACGAGAUCUCAUACAAAACCCCUUCACAUCCAGAUUCUGACUCACCCCGAUCCUCUAUUUACCACAUGAGAUUGAUUGAAAAGGGUUCGGGACAAAAGGUAUACCUUCGGGGAGCGGACUUGUCGUCGAGAUUUUGUUGCCAUGCCGGGCCAGCAUGGCUCUCUUUCAGCCGAUGAACUGGCUGAACAAAAGAUUCUAACUCCUGGACUUGAAGACAAGGACAGCCGAUCCAAUAUUCAAAAUGUGCCCAUCUCCGACACCCCAACAUUCCACGCGCCACGGUUAUCAACCGAUUCUCAAGAGAUCGAAUAUCGUUACUUAACCUUUCAAAGCGAGCUUCCUCUGACGCCGAUUUUUCCACCCGAUUUCAAGGGCAAAAUACCACCAUGCCCGAAUCUACGUGACUACGACGACCCGUUCACCUGGUCGUUGACGCGCAAAAGACUCAUGACGUACCUUUCGUGUUCGGUCAACAUCACGGCAGCCUAUUCGGCCGGUUCUUACGCCGCCCCAGCCUAUGUACUCACGAAGAAAUGGGGCGUGUCGCACGUUGCCUACAACGUCGGCAUUAGUCUAUUUACGUACGGGUUCGGGUUCGCACCGAUGAUAUUAGCACCCUUCUCCGAGAUCAACGGACGACGACCGGUGUUCAUUGUGACGGGGUUGUUGUUCGUCAUCUGCCAGCUGGGCAGCGCGCUAACCGACUCAUACGCGGGCAUGUUGUUGGCGCGGUUUUUCGCAGGCGUGGGAGGAUCGACGUUCUCGACCAUGGUCGGCGGGAUUUUGGCGGAUGUGUGGACCACCCAGGACCGCAAUACUCCCAUGGUACUGUUCACCGGAGCGACGAUGCUAGGAACCGGGUUGGGACCAGUAUGCAGCGGUUUCGUGGCACAGCGGCUUGACUGGCGAUGGGUUUUCUGGAUUCAAGUUAUUACCAGCGGGACUUUGGUGUCACUGGUUACGAUAUUCUUCAAAGAGACGCGCGGCUCGAUUAUUCUGAGCCGCAAAGCCAAGGUGCUUAACAAAUGGUACGAAAAGCUCGAAGAUGCCGGCGCUCUCGGGAUGCUUGACGACAGCGACAGCAACCAAGAAAAACAGCAUUCCCGACCGGUGCGUAUUCGAUGGAAGGUGAAGACCGACGAGGACCGAUCUUCUCUGGGCCGCAUGAUCGCCGUCUCGCUGUACCGGCCAUUCCACAUGCUGUUUACAGAACCCGUGGUCUUCUGGUUCAGUCUGUGGGUAGCCUUUUCAUGGGCAGUGCUGUAUUUGACGUUUGGAGCGGUUCCUUUGGUCUUUGAGACCAACCACGGCUUCACGCUCGAGCAGUCCGGUGCUGUGUUUACUGCCAUCUGCGUCGGCGGCAUCCUGUCCACUUUCUUGAGCAUAUAUCAGGAGAAAUGGGCGCUGCGGUACUACCCUACAAAGGUCAAUGGGAGCCCCGAGGGCAGGUUGCUCUUCACAUGCGUCGAAUCGGCUUUCAUGCCCAUUGGCAUGUUCUGGUUCGGCUGGUCGUGCUACUCGUCCGUCCAUUGGAUUGUGCCCACCAUCGCCCUCGGCGUCGCCACUAUGGGCAUCUUCAGCAUCUACCUCGCCACUUUCAAUUACACUGCGGACGUCUACCAUGUCUAUGCAAGCUCGGCCCUUGCUGCUUCUGGACUUUGUCGGAAUCUCAUGGGCGGAUCGUUCCCUCUGAUCACUGUCCAGAUGUUCAAUGGUAUGGGAUUUCACGCCGCUAGUAGUUUGCUGGGUGGUAUUGGUGCGGCUUUGACGCUGGUGCCCUGGGUGUUGGCUCUGUUUGGGCCCAAAAUUCGGGCGAGGAGUAAGAUUGCUAGUGCUUUUACUGCUCCGUGAAUGGAUAGAAUUGGUGCAGGUUUCUAGUGCCUAGACAUGUAUACAUGUAAAUAAUAUAUAAGGUAAAUAAUUGUACUCUUGUAUCCUGUA